AUGGGAGCGAUCCUGACCUGGAUUUCCUUUCAGGGCUCAGCAGAUUCGUACACGAGCAGACCCUCGGACUCUGAUGUCUCCCUGGAAGAGGACAGGGAAGCAAUCCGCCAGGAAAGGGAGCAGCAGGCAGCCAUCCAGCUUGAGAGGGCCAAGUCCAAACCGGUAGCAUUCGCUGUGAAGACCAACGUGAGCUACUGUGGAGCUCUGGAUGAAGAUGUCCCUGUGCCAAGCACUGCCAUCUCCUUUGAUGCCAAGGACUUCCUGCACAUCAAAGAGAAAUACAACAACGACUGGUGGAUAGGGCGGCUGGUGAAGGAGGGCUGCGAGAUCGGCUUCAUCCCCAGCCCGCUGCGCCUGGAGAACAUCCGCAUCCAGCAGGAGCAGAAGAGGGGCCGUUUCCAUGGAGGGAAAUCCAGUGGGAAUUCUUCUUCAAGCCUUGGAGAAAUGGUUUCUGGCACGUUUCGGGCCACACCUACUGCCACAGCAAAACAGAAACAAAAAGUGACAGAGCAUAUUCCCCCCUACGAUGUAGUGCCAUCCAUGAGACCUGUUGUCUUGGUGGGUCCAUCACUCAAAGGCUAUGAGGUGACAGACAUGAUGCAGAAAGCUCUCUUUGACUUCCUGAAGCACAGGUUUGAUGGCAGGAUAUCCAUAACCAGGGUGACAGCUGACAUCUCCCUGGCCAAGAGGUCUGUGCUCAACAACCCCACGAUCCCAUGCCGUGAUCCCUAUUUGCUGACUCCUAAGGGUUCAGCCUGGCCAGAGGUGUCUGCCCUCUCCUCACUUCCCCGUGUGCCCCUGUGUCGUGCCCAGGACAUGUUUGACGUGAUCCUGGACGAGAACCAGCUGGAGGACGCCUGCGAGCACCUGGCCGAGUACCUGGAGGCGUAUUGGCGAGCCACCCACACCACCAGUACCACCCCCCUGACCCCCCUGCUGGGCAGGAACCUGGGAUCCACCGCCCUCUCCCCGUAUCCCGCCGCCAUCUCGGGACUGCAGAGCCAGCGCGGGCGGCACGGCCCCCCGGCCCCGGAGAACUCUCCCGCCGAGCGCCGCGGGCUCGGCCCCCCGGACGAGAACUACCACAGCGACAGGGCUCGCAAGAGCAGGAACCGCUUGUCUUCCAGCUCCCAGCACAGCCGAGACCACUACCCCCUCGUGGAGGAAGAAUUCUCUGACUCGUACCAGGACUCCUACAAACCCCACCGGACCCGGGGGUCCCCCGGCGGGUACAGCCACGACUCGCGGCACCGGCUCUGAGCCACGGCCAGGAUUCAUCCCGUGAGAACCUCCCACAUCCCGUAGCUAGGAAUGAGAAUCCAGUCAUCUUCCUUUGGCAGGUGUGACGCCCGACACUCCGGUUGCACUCUGCUCUCAUCCAUGUUAAUUAGGGGCGACCGAACCCCGCCCGGCCCUUCCGUUUCUGCCCGUCCAUAGGGGUUGUUUUGGGGGUUGUUUUUGGUUUUAAUACAUUUACUGCAUUUAUAGCCGUAUUUUUUUUCUCGUCGUUAGGUAUUAGACACAUCCGUUUGUAAUUUCGGGUACCUGUCGAGGCACUUAUAAAAUGAUUUCCUCUGCUGGAAAUUCCAAAUGACCAGUUCCACUUGGAACCAAUUUAUAAACCAAUUCCUGUUGGAAUUUGGGUGAAUUGACUGGAAAGUCGACGUGAGCAUGUUGCAAACAGUUGGGAAAAAAUAAAAACGAACAACAACAAACGUACAAAGAAAAAUCUGACAAUUAAAAAAAUCCCUGGAAGCCAGAGAGUCAGCUUCCAGUAUUUGUCUGCUGGAAUUUCCACUUCCAGUUUAGGAUAAAAGGAUUUCUAUUCUGCUGAUUUCUUUCCAGGAUGGCUUUUUCACACAAACCAAAUGUAAACUCUCGAGAGUGCCAAAUAUCACAAAUUAUUGCAGCAGUGACAAAACACUUUCCAGUUUGACGUUAUUUUUAGACCUGGCACAAAUGUUGCAGCCAAAUUCUUUAUUUUAGCCAGUCCUGAUGGUUUUGUCGGGACCAGCAGGGAGGAACUGAGACAGGAGAAGGGAAAUAGGAACAGGAAAAGGAACAAACUCCAUAGUUUGUGUGGUUGGAAGUUGGGAAUAGCCUUUUUUCCCUCUCGUUUACCUGAGUACAGCUCCGAGUCCCCAGAUGGGACAGGAGUGUAGAGACAUCAGAUUUUUUCUCCCAUUU